AUGACAAAUGCACAGUGCAAUAAAUCUCUUAAAGAGAAACAGAGCGUUCACAAGAGAGAACGACUACUGACCUCCGCCAUCCGUAUCGCAACAGCUGCAGAUGUUCCACGCGGGGGUCGAGAUACUACUCCAUUUUGGACUCCCGAGUUAGACGAAAUCAAAGAGAAGAUUCACAGCUGCAAACCCUCUGUCUCUAGAGACAGAUUAGUAGCUCGCAGAAGGGAUAUGCCAAGACAAGCAUCCCAUAAAAGAUGGAAAACCCUCUGUAAUAACAUGGCCGUGGCAAAGGGCUGCUGUUGGAACAUUUUGAAGAGGAUUUACGCCCCACAACCCCUCAGCACCCCGGCGAUAAAGAUUAAUAAUGCGGUACUCGCAUAA